AUGAAACCGUCAAUACUGAGAGCUCUGGCUACGGCCGGGCGCAGCAACAAAUGCUGGCCAACUCCUCGCAUCAGCCAUCAAUGUACCAGGACGUUCAACCAGAGCACGCGAUUGCGUUUGAGAGAGCAGUCCAAAGGUGUCACGGCAGAGAACUCGACGUCGCAGGGACAGCCCGCGGCGAAUUUGAGUCAGAGUGUUGGCGAAGAAGAGAAGGAUCACUAUGCGAGGGUUGUGGAGCACAGCAAGCAGAGCCAGAUGCGGUCGCCGUGGAUGCGCGAGGGUAGCGAUAAGCCUCCUGUUGCUCGCUUGAGGUCGGCUGGUGCUAUGGUCAAAGACGUCAACAAAGACCGCAAAGACGUGGAACCCCUGGCUCUCCUCGUACACCCCCAACAACCCCUCAGCUACCUCGAACGCCUGAUCCAAUCCGAGCUGCCCGUCAUAAAGAACGAGAAUGGAAACGACAAGAUCCCCGCUGUCCACUUCCGCGCACAAGACCUAGGAGAAGAAGCAAUCGACCCAGACCGCCAUGAACCCGACGAAGAAUCAGAAGACUACAAAUUCGAGCACUCGGAAGACUUCAAGAUUGACGGCAAGACGGAGCGAACUGGCAAACUCAACGAGUCGGGUGAGGUCGCAGAGGCAAAGCCUGUGAACCCUGUCAAAGAGCCUGAUCCAGAACACCCGAACUUUGUGCGUUGGUCGCCCAGCACCGAGAUUGGCGAUUUCAUCAGAGAUGCUGCGAGGGGCAAGGAGUUCAGUGUUGAUAUCGAGGGUGCUCCUGAACCCAUCUAUGUUGCUGUGCCGUCAUUCGCUGAUCGUACUUACUACCUGCGUAUGCGACUGCGCAAGACGGCCAAGCAGAUCUCCUCUCUGGCAGAUAUCAAGACCGAGUGUGACAAGCUGGCCCAUAAGAGUGCCCAACGCGUUGCUCAAGGAGGUUUCGCAGUGCUGGUGGGUUGGUGGGGUAGUGUCUACGUCCUCACCUUCCAGACCGAUCUGGGCUGGGAUGUCAUGGAGCCCGUCACCUAUCUCGUCGGCCUGUCCACGCUGAUCGGCGGUUACAUGUGGUUUCUCUACCACAACCGCGAGGUCAGCUACCGUUCCGCCAUGAACUUUACCGUCAGCAAGAGACAGGACAAGCUGUACCAAGCAAAAGGCUUUGAUGUGUUGAAGUGGGACGCUCUUGUCGAAGAAGGCAAUCGUCUGAGAAGAGAAAUCAAGAUGGUUGCUGAGGAGUACGAUGUCGACUGGGACGAGGCCAAGGAGGCAGAUGACAAGGUAGCCAAGGCUCUGCGCAACGAGCGCAGAAAGAAGCAGCUCGUCAAAGAUGACGAAGACGAAGAAGGCAAGAAGCGCAAGAAGUCCAAGGAGGAGGACGACGAUGAUGACUGA